AUGUUCCGCUACUCACUUUGCUCCCUGAUGCCGAACGAAGGACUUCACCGGGUAACACCUGAGCCAGUAUUUACAUUGGAGGAAAAGUUGGACUCAUUAGAUAAAGACCCCAAUCACCACCAUCACGACUCAAAAAACAAACCAAUAUCUCGAUGGUUAAUCCCCAUACUUUAUCGAAUUCAAAAAUAUAGUGCUUAUUCAUUUAUCUCAUUCCUAGGUAUUCAUGUGACUUCAGUUGUAAUAGUUCCCAUCAUCCCAGUCGAUAAAGAGCUCAAACAACAAGUUUUUUCUUUGGCUAAAGCUGUAUAUCAGGAUAUACCAUUUUUUGAGCCAAUUGCCAUCAUUGGCGCAUCUUUAGUUCAUAUUGUUGCUGGAAUGGGAUUGAGAUUAGUACGCGGAUAUAAGAAACACCAAUUGCAUAGAAGAUUAGAGCAAAAAAAGGAAAAGCAUAGAACACUAAACAACAACGAUUCAUUCAAUAUUCGAGAUGAUGAUGAUGAUAUAGGAUUUGGUGGAUUAUCCAAUAUAUUUGGUUUGGGAUAUAGGAAAUCCUUCAUUUCAAAAAUCUUGGGCAUUACACCGUUACAAUUUUCAGGAUACUUGUUGAUCCCCUUUGUUGCUUAUCAUUAUUAUAAAUUUAGAUAUGUGCCAAUGUCAAUAGAAGGAGAUUCAUCGUUGAUCAAUUUGGAUUAUGUAUCCUAUGUGUUGAAUUUGAAACAUCCUAAGUUUCAAGUGUUGGCACUUACGAGCUUAGUUUGGAUUAUGUCAUAUCAUGUUACUAAUGGGGUAAUGAAGUUGAAUUCGUGGUACAGUAAGAGUUGUAAACGAAUUGGAUUAGCCGUAGUUAAUCUUAUGGGGAUCUGUGGAAUGGUUGGAGUUUAUUUAUUCAAAAAAGAAGAAAUUGAUGGUGGUGAUUUCCUUGGGAAAGUAUUUACCAAAUAUAUCAAUUCAUUCUUGUUGUGA